AAAAAAAGGAAGGAGAAGCUUUGGUGAGCAAUGGCGGGUUCUCAGGGCCAUGGCUUCGGUCUCUCCGACGACGUGCUCGCCGUGCUCCCCUCCGAUCCCUUCGAGCAGCUCGACAUCGCCCGCAAGAUCACCUCCAUCGCCCUCGCCACCCGUGUCUCCAAGCUCGAGGCCGAGUCCUCUCGCCUCCGCCAAUGGCUCGCCGAAAGGGACGACCUCAUCGCCGAGCUCCGCGCCCAGGUCGAGACCCUUGACGCCUCUGCCUCCCAAAUAUCUCAGCAGUUCGAGAUUGCCCAGCAGGAGAAGGAGAGUCUCAUCAACGAGAAUGCUUCGCUGUCGAAUACUGUCAAGAAGCUCAGCCGCGAUGUUUCAAAGUUGGAGAUGUUCAGAAAGACCCUUAUGCAGUCACUUCAGGAGGAGGAUAGUACAGUAGGAGUUCCCAGAGUGAUUUCACCACAAACACCAGAUACUUCAAGUUACUCAACAGGAUUACUUCAUGGAGAAGAGGAAACUGCUAUGUCAGCUUUAAAAUCGCCUUCUGCAAAGUCUCAUAUCUCAGAAUCAGGAAGCUCGUUUUCUGAGAAUAAUGUCUCUAAGGACAGCAUACUACGGAGUGUCUCCUUAGCAUCCCAUAGUAGUACUCCAAGUCGAACUCCUCCUCAUUCUCCCCCAAGGCUUUCUUCAACGAGAUCACCUGCAAGAUUAUCUAAUCCUGUGUCUCCUCGGCGACAUUCUAUUUCUUUUUCAAGUUCGAGGAACACGUUUGAUGAAAGGUCAUCCAUUUAUUCUUCAUUGCCAUCAAGCACCCACAGCUCGAUGACCUCUCCUUUCGACACCGAGCCUCAAACAGGAAGAACCCGAGUUGAUGGAAAAGAGUUCUUUCGCCAAGUCCGGAGCCGUUUAUCUUACGAGCAAUUCAGUGCAUUCCUAGCUAAUGUUAAAGAAUUGAACUCGCACAAACAAACACGAGAGGAAACACUUCAAAAAGCCGAUGAGAUUUUUGGCUCUGAUAACAAAGAUCUUUAUGCCAUAUUUGAAAGUCUGAUCUCCCGAAACCUUCACUGAGUGUUAUGUUAUCUCCUUUUGUUUUUCUACUCUGUGUAGGUUCAUCAGACAAAUAUUUCAUUUUCGUUGAUAUGCAUUGCUGCAUUGAUCUACCAUGUUUAUGUAAAUUAGUGAGAGUCCUGAGAAUUGUUUGAAAUCUUUCUAUUUUGAUGAAUGUAUUCUGGAAGAUAAAGGUCUCCAGGAGAUAAUAAUGUGAAGAUUUUUUUAUUUAUUUUUUUA